AUGGCCGGGAGCCGCUCCCCCCGCACUUAAGCGCCGCGACCGGAGCUGCCCCGCGGCUGGGCUGGCCAUGGAGCCGAAGCGGGGCUAUGUGGGCUCGCUGGUGCGAUCUUUGGUAUCCAUGGGAGCAUCUGUGGGAGCGGUAACAAAACAGACCCUGUUCCCUCCUCUCAUGCCUGGAGGGCGACCUUUCCGUGUGUCCAACGCUUCCCGAAGCAGCCGGAAAGGAAUUGUUGCAAGCAGUCUGCAAGAGCUUAUCAACAAGACUUUAGAUGCCUUCCUUAUAUCUGCUGGAAUAGUUACUCUGGUUUUGGAGGAAGAUGGCACAGUUGUGGACACAGAAGAGUUCUUCAGGUCCCUGGAUGAUAAUACACACUUCAUGGUUCUAGAAAAAGGACAGAAAUGGACACAAGCAAAAAAUGGAGUCGUUGCUGUGAGACCAAAGAAGAAAAUGGGAGUAGCUAACAUCACAUUUGAUCUGUACAAGCUGAACCCUAGGGAUUUUAUUGGCUGCCUAAAUAUCAAGGCAACUUUCUAUGAGAUCUACUCUGUCUCAUAUGAUAUCAAAUGUAUGGGAGCAAAAAGUGUAUUGCGGAGGGUGAUCCAGCUAAUAUCCCAUGCAGCACAAGUAACUGGACAUUUUCUUCUCUAUACUGGAACGUAUAUGUUGCAGUUGAUGGGUGAAUAUGAUGAAGAUGGCACAUGCGCAAGAUCAACGCGGGAGUAAUGAACACCACCACACUUCUGAUAUCAGACCCAUUUGCUUAAAGACAUUAUCUUGCCCAAUUUUGAAUGUAAUUGUGUUAUAGUAGGGGGAUGUCCACUGAUGUGAACUAACAUUUUUCCCAUUUGGGAGUGCUUGUAGGCCUAGUCAUAAAAUAAGUGUUUGGUGUUCACAAGCUCUUAACACAGCAACAGGAUGGGUGGCUAAUAUCUGAGAAUUUGGCAAAAGGAGAGAGGUGUUUGCCCCAGCAACUCAACAUGGAGACUAAGCAUACUUAAACUUGCAUGCUUUGUAACCAAUGGGGUAUUUCUUGUGCUGAUGAAAAUAUAGUUUGGUGGUUGUGGUGUUUUUUUUUUUUUUCAUGGCUGUCUACUUGUCUUCUGAACAGACUGGGCUGUAAGGUGAGGGAGAUGUGUUGUUUUGUUUGUUUUUUAAGCUCUUUAUGCUGCUAGUAUUGGUGUUCAACUGGCAUUGAGGUACAGAACAAUGAAGUGUACUUAUUUACUUCUGCCAAUGGAAAAACACAAUACAACUGAAUCUUGAUUCAGUGACUGACUACUCUCAUCAACUCAAAUUGGAGAAAGUGCAACUACUAAGCAUAAGCUUAAAGUUUAGCCUUACUUCCCUUAAAACAGGAAAAAUAAUUCACUGUAGCUCUCCAUAUUUUUCUUCAAAUCUACAAAAAGUUCAGGUUAGAACAGCUCAUACCAGAUAUAUUUCUUUACUAUGCCUGAAGUAUUUGCCAUCGUUUCUUGAAUAUGGCUUACAAGCAACCUGCUGAAGCUUCCUCAGGGAUUAAACCACCACUUUUGUAGUUUUUACUGUGCAGCUGAAAGAUGACACUACAUCCUGAACAGUACUUGAGGUACAUGCAGCAUGGAUCUAUAAGAGAUGCUGGAUUUUUAUGCCCCUGUGUUCAGGGGAGAGCAGCAGGACACUUAUGGAACAUACAUGUGCUCUAAACUGGAUAGUUAAGUUUUAUAGUCUCCCAAGACAAGCUGUAUUAAAGGACAAAGUUUUUAAUCCUUAGGUAGAAUUGUCCAAAAUGUUCUCUACAGUUUAGUGAACUGCUACUAGUCUGACUAGCUUAUAACAAGCUUUUCCUCAACAGUGUAGAAAACUGGAAAAUGAGCAGUAUUAAGCAUCUUGUGUCAAAAUACAAACUCCCAUUGCUAAGGGAAAAAGCCCCAAGUUGACAGGUGUGUCUUUUGAGGUUUUAAGUUUCUUGCUCCUGAAGAAUUUGAGUAACUUUUAAUAUUCUUGCUGAAGACUGAAAGCUGUUAAGGAGACAGCACAUAGAGGUAAUGUGUCUGGCCUAACGGCAGGUGCCACAUAGAAGGAGAAGCUCUGGAGACAGAGUGAACAAUGGGGAGAAGAAGGCAGUGGGAGCAAAAGGGAAAAGGACCAGUGUGGACCCUAUGGUCUUGCCUUGCCUCUGCUGAGACAGGAAUCCAUUAACUAUGUGCAUCACCUGCACUGAUUGGUCAGAGGGAAGCUAAAUCUGCUAAAAGAGGAGCAGGUGGAUAGAAAAGACCAAGCAUUAUGGUUGGUCCAUCAUGACCUGUCAUCUGGGUCUGUUCACUUCAAAUGUCACUAUGUAAGAAUAUUUCUUUUACCUGCAAAUUUCACCUUUAUAUGCUUAUUUUUGUUUUCUCUUUAUGAAUGUGACUUACCCAGCUGGAGCUGCAUUUUUCAACUCACUGAUGUGAUAAAAAGCAGCCUAAAUCCCACUGUUAAAGGGACUGAUGGACAUAGGUUCUCUAGGUCUCUGCCUGUUUCUUCAGCAAAGGUAUUACAAAUAAGUAGACAGCUAUGAAAAAUAUUUUUUUUUUUUCCUGAUUUCUGCUGUUUGCCAUUUCCUUGUGACUGUUUGCUGGAGUGAUGAGGGCACACAGCUCUGGGCAAAGGAAGGUCUGGUUCCUCCCUAGUUUCUUGCAGGGAAGAAUGCCUGUAACUUGUGACACUGUGAGGUUUCCUUCAAAAGAAACCAAUAACCUCUCUCUCAUUAUCAUAGAAUAGUUUAUGUUAAAAUGGAAGCUUUAUACUUCACCUGCAUUGUUUUUACCACCUCACCCACUGCCCCAAGUGAUUGUUGCCAUUACAACUGUUGCGCACAGUCUUUCUACCCCCAUCAAGGAACUGCAUUUAACUGAUGCAGUGCAAGGUCUUAUUUCAGCUUUUAAGGAUCAUUUCUUCUAAUAAAAUAAGUAAACUCUAUAUAAUGCUUCUAAAAAUAUGUAUAGAUAAAUGCUGUGUUGCUAUUGGUGGGACCAUCAACAUUUAAAUAAACAAAAAAAACCCAAACCCCACCCAACUUGCAUAGUCCAACAUUGUAUUAAUUUGUGUGAAAUGUCUCUUCAACAUCUGUAAUACAAAAGUUUUUGCAAGUCUCAACUAUGCAGAUCUCAAAUUCCAGCCUUCUACAGCCAGAGGCAAUUGUUAGGCAAGUAAUGCUCUGUAGUUACCAAUGGCACUAUCUUAGCUUUCCCCAUUAUGUUAGUUUCUAACUCCAUAUGAAUUUGCAGUGGUUUUAGGCAGCUGCUUCUUUGGCAGCUUAGCACAGAAAACUUGAGCUGCUGAAGGUCAUGGGAGCUGCAAAGUCUCCAUCUCACAGCAUCUCCCUCUUUAAUUCAAAAUGCAAACAACUGAACAAAGUAACUCAGCUUUGAUACUUUCUCAGAAUGGGAGUUUUAUGUCGUGGAAUGGAAGGGUCUGAAAUGUUUGUUGCUUCUGAAUCUGCAUUUUGUCACUAAGUAUUUGGGGGAUUGUAUUUGUUACUGCACUAACUUCUUUCCAGAGAUAAAGUUUUGGCUUUGAGUCAAA